GUGGGUCUCUCUGGAUUAUGUUGUAUCUGACUUAUGAUCGUUGUUCAUCAUGUUUUUGUCGUCUGAUGUAUAAUUUUCUUAAAUCUGGACCAAAAUUCUCUGUCCAGAAAUGAUUUUCCCGUCUAAUUUCGCUGUUCUUCUUUCGAUUUUCUAAUUAGUUUUCAUUACACGAUGACUACCUCUGGGUUUUCCCAUUUUCUUCUGCAUUACUCUUUGAUCUGUCUCUUAUCUUGAAUUGGGUUUUUAGGAAACGUUUUGUUCUUUUAAAUCCUUCUUGAAAUAGCUGGCAUCCAUUAAGUGUAUUCAAAUUGCAAAUCCAUUGGGAUUUGACCAUCUGUUGUCAUUCUUUGGAUUAGGACAGCCCUGUUUUUUUCCUUCUUUUCAAGCAUUGUUUCUGACAUGGGUCAGUACUUCCUUCAAUUCAAGUUGUUUACCUACCAUUACUAGAUAGCUGUUUGGUCUAUGAGGAUUUCUUGAAUUAAAUUCUCUCUUUAUUUUGAUUUGUGUUCAUAGGUUAUAUUGUACAACACAUGGUUCAAGUAGCUUUCUGUUAAUUCAAACAUGUCAAUUGCUAGCAGCCAUAUAGAAAAAAAAUUUAUAAUAAAGAUGAUGACAAAACUUUCAAGCUUGUGUUCACUUUAGACAAGACACAUAGAUUCCCGCUCUAUAGCUGGAACAGUUUCUCUGCGGUGUUUUGUUUUGUCCUUUUCUUUUUGUUUUUAGUUCAAGAUGGAAUCGAACCAUUAACAUUUGAGAUGCGAGCGAUGUCUUGUCCAUUAUGCUAUGCUUGAAUCGGCGAAUGUUUUGUCUUUUUCGAGAAUGAGAAUUAAGAACAUGUAAUAAGCAGCCGUAAUUAUCUUUAACUUUGCAAGUACAUGGACUUUUCUUGUCUAUAAAUAUGUGAUAUUUCCUGUAUUGGAAAGACGUGUCUUAGUUUUUUCUCAUUUGUUUCUCUUGGUUCAUUCUUCAUUGUUGUGGAAUAUAUGCUUUGUUUCUGAGUCCCCUGACGAGGCUCGCCAUCUCAGGAUCGAAAGAGAACUCUAUUCUUGAAGAUUGUUUUAUUUAUUCCAAGUCUGAGAUCUUUCUUCUGCUUGGAGAGAUAGUGACAGAGCCUGCUUGAUUGAAGGUUAAUCCGACUGGAUACUCGUUUACAUUCUUCUUCUCUAUCUGUCCUGCCAUUUUCCUGCUAGAACGGUUGUCUUGAAGGUGGUGGUAAUUCAUCAUGGAAAAUGGAAAAUGUCAAGAAGAUACACCCAAGGAGCUGUCUGAGGUUCCACCAUUAAUCCAAUACAUAUCAUCAGUUCAAGUCGCUGGUUUUGACAGUAUUGAAGAGUGUAAUGAAGAGAUUGAGCCUCCAAAUAACCCCUCUACCCUGCGUAUUCAGGGAAAUGUAUCAUCAUCUGGCGUGCAAAGCGAUGCCGAGUUUCAGUUGGGUGACCAUCGAAGAAAAAAUACUGUUUCUCUCAGCAUGCCACCGUCCCCUGUGGGAGUUCAGCUGUCCCCCAAAACAGUUUUCUCAACUGGUGAAAGAAUUCCAAACAAUGGAACCUCAGGUCCUUCUGCUCUGGAAAAACCACAGAAAGCUACAUUGUUUCACUCUCAGCCAAUUCCGAUGGGCUCGACAUUCGAGGAUGCGGUGACGAACAUAAAGGCUGCACCGCACCCUAGUAUUUCAAGAUUGAAGGACAGAAGAUAUGAUUCUUUCAAAACAUGCUCUGGAAAACUUGCAAGGCAAUUAACUAUACUUCGUGGAAAGUCCCAACAACAAAUUAGGCCAGAUGAAACUGAAGCUCAGGAAGCAGUCAUUGAGAACAACAUACCUGCUGAACGUUACUUUGCUGCUCUGGAAGGUCCUGAGCUAGAGACACUAAGGCCUUCAGAGGAAAUACUGCUCCCAGAUGACAAGACAUGGCCUUUUCUACUCCGAUUUCCGAUCUCUUCGUUUGGUAUGUGUCUUGGUGUUAGUAGCCAAGCAAUCAUGUGGAAAACAUUGGCCACUUCAGCUUCCACGAAGUUCCUUCAUUUGAGCCUGAAAAUAAAUUUUGUUUUAUGGAUCAUUUCCAUUGCUCUUGUAAUCACUGUCGCUUCCACUUACCUUCUGAAAGUUCUUCUAUACUUCGAAGCAGUUCGCCGAGAGUACUACCAUCCUAUUCGUGUCAACUUCUUCUUUGCACCAUGGAUAGCCCUCUUGUUCUUAGCAAUUGGUGUUCCUCCAUCUGUUGCUUCCAAACUGCAUCCAGCACUUUGGUAUGUUCUCAUGACUCCAUUUUUAUGUCUUGAGCUUAAGAUUUAUGGGCAGUGGAUGUCAGGAGGCCAACGAAGGCUGUCAAAAGUGGCUAAUCCUACUAACCAUCUUUCCAUCGUGGGGAACUUUGUGGGGGCUUUGUGGGGAGCUUCAAUGGGACUAAAGGAAGGACCUAUAUUCUUCUUUGCCAUUGGAAUGGCUCACUAUUUAGUCCUUUUUGUAACUCUCUACCAAAGACUACCAACCAAUGCGACACUCCCAAAGGAGUUGCAUCCUGUGUUCUUUCUUUUCAUAGCAGCACCUAGCGUGGCAUCUAUGGCAUUGGCAAACAUUCAAGGCUCCUUUGAUAACGCUUCACGAAUGAUUUACUUCGUCGCUAUGUUCCUCUAUUUCUCACUGGUUGUUCGAGUCAAUUUUUUCCGAGGCUUCCAGUUCUCACUGGCCUGGUGGGCAUAUACCUUUCCCAUGACUGGAGCUGCCAUUGCAACCAUAAGAUACUCAACCGAAGUUACAAAUAUAGUAACACAAGUUCUUGCUGUUCUUCUCUCUGUCAUAGCAACAGUCAUAGUGGGGUCUCUCUUCGUAACAACUAUCAUACACGCCUUUGUGCAUCAUGACCUCUUUCCCAAUGACAUCGCUAUAGCCAUUAGCGACAGGAAGCCAAAACCACCACAGAAGAACUGGUUCCAAAAUCUAAGAAAUGGAAAUUCAGAAUCCCAAAAUAUUGAAAACUUCUUGAAGUUUUCAGGCCCUGAUAGCAAAGAUUUAGAAGCAUGUAUUGGACCGAAAACCUCCGAAGGCGAAGACGGGAACGUCCCAUCAUCAAGUGAUCAGCCCCGAUGAUCACAGGCUCAACCCUUUGUAAAAGUCGCCACUCAAACAUACGAGGAACUUGAUUUUGUAGUUUGAAUGGUUCCAAUAAACAUGUUGGAGCUUGAUAGUUAUACACACUGAGAGUUGUAAGAUAUAGUUUUUUUGUUAGACAUCUCAUGUAAUCUAUCAAUUUUUUUGUAUCAAUAUCUAUGAUGGCCUUGAUAUCUUGUUCAUGUGAUAUAUCAAUAAAGUAACUAUGUUGAAAUA